AUAUCACUCUAACUCUCUCUGAUGUCAUGCCGACCGUUUCAGGCGGGGUUCCCUCCUGGAGUCGUGAACAUCGUUCCAGGGUUUGGUCCCACAGCGGGAGCCGCCAUCGCCAGCCACAUGGACGUCGACAAAGUGGCCUUCACCGGCUCUACAGAGGUCGGCCAGCUGAUCAAAGAAGCGUCAGCCAAAAGUAAUCUGAAGAGAGUGACUCUGGAGCUCGGAGGGAAGAACCCCUGCAUCGUGUUUGCUGACUGUGACU